GGCAGUGUGGACGAGAUCAUAUAAAAAGGCUACAGUAGGUCUACAGGAGCUACAGUCAGCUGUGGAAGUGGGCCGAAGUGCAUCCAGACCAAAGGCGAACGGAACACCACUGUGCGUAUAGGCAACAUGACCUCAUUAAUAUGGGGACUGCUCUGUGUCAGUGGCAUCCUGACAUCGGGAACUCGGGGAACUUUCCCACAGUUUGGGUCACGCAACCGGCAGAUCCACUCAAUUAGCCCUUCAAUCCCACGAGUUUCCCCGCACGGCCCUCCAAGGGUCUCCCAGCGCUUUGAAGAUUUCAUAUCUAUUGAAAAAAACACAAAUGAUGUGCCGAGUGCUGACACUUUUCAAGAGGUCCAGCUGGGCGGUUCCACAACGCGAGGCUUCCAGCGGCAGCAGGGUGCCCGAACAGGGGCCAACGACCUGGCGCAGGAGCGGAGAGCGGACAAUGGAGCAACAAGAGCGAAUUGCAGAAAUCGUCCUAUAGACCUGGUCUUCAUCAUAGACAGCUCCCGCAGCGUACGCCCUGCUGAGUUUGAGAAGGCCAAAGAGUUCCUGCAGGAUAUGGUGGAAAGCUUGGAGAUCGGCUCAGAUGCCACGCGGGUCGGCCUUGUCAAUUAUGCCAGCACAGUGCAGAUUGAGUUUCAACUAAAGACGUAUUUUGCCAAGUCUGCCCUAAAGAAUGCCCUGGCUCGUGUUGAGCCCCUCGCUUCAGGCACCAUGACAGGCAUGGCCAUCAAGACCGCCAUGGAGAAAGCUUUCACCGCGGAGGCUGGGGCCCGAGCUGGCUCAGCGAACAUUGCCAAAGUAGCCAUCAUAGUGACCGACGGGAGGCCCCAGGACCAGGUAGAGGAUGUAUCAGCCGCAGCUCGCGCAUCUGGGAUCGAAAUCUACGCAGUGGGAGUAGACAGAGCGGAUAUGGCAUCCCUACGCCUCAUGGCCAGCCUCCCACAUGAUGACCAUGUCUUCUAUGUGGAGACCUAUGGUGUCAUUGAGAAGCUCACUUUCAAAUUUAGGGAAACCUUGUGUGGUAAGGAUGAUGAUAAUGGGAGUGCGGAUAGUCCAUUAAAUGGCGGAAUUGAAAAAAAAGGACUAGGCAUAGGCCUAAAUAAUGAAAAUGACGAUAACGGAAACAACGGUUUGGAUGCAUGUUCUCAGGGACACAAUUGUCAGCACAUUUGUGUCAACACUGGGAACUCACACAACUGCAAGUGUCGCAAGGGCUAUGUCUUGAACCCGGACAAGAAAACGUGCUCACGUUUAGAUCCAUGUUCCCAAGGACAUGACUGUCAACAUAUCUGUGUCAGCAAUGAUGACUCGUACAUCUGCAAAUGUAAAGUGGGAUAUGUGUUGAAUGCAGACCAGAAAACAUGCUCACGCUUGGAUCCAUGUUCCCAUGGACAUGAUUGCCAGCACAUCUGUAAAAACAAGGAUGACUCGUACAUCUGCAAAUGUCAAGUGGGAUAUAAGUUAAAUGCAGACCAAAAGACUUGCUCACGUUCAGAUACAUGUUCCCAGGGACAUGACUGCCAACAUAUAUGCAUCAGCGAUGAUAACUCGUACAUCUGCAAAUGUCAAGGGGGAUAUGUGUUAAAUUCAGACCAGAAAACAUGCUCACGUUUGGAUAUAUGUACCCAGGAACAUGCCUGCCAGCAUACUUGUGUCAAAAAUGGUCAUUCUCACCAUUGCACAUGUCAUGAAGGAUAUGUGUUGAAUGCAGACCAGAAAACAUGCUCACGUUCAGAUCCAUGUGCCCAUGGACAUGAUUGCCAUCACAUUUGCAUAAACAGUGAUGAUUCUUACAUCUGCAAGUGUCGAGUGGGAUAUAUUUUGAAUCCAGACAAGAAAACAUGCUCACGUUCACAAACAUGUGCCCAGGGACAUGACUGCCAACAUGUUUGUGUCAGUACUGAUGACUCGUUUGUCUGCAAGUGUCGAAUGGGAUAUGUGUUGAAUGCGGACCAGAAAACAUGCUCACAAUCGGAUGCAUGUGCUCAGGGACAUGAUUGCCAGCAGAUUUGUGUCAACAGUGAUAACUCCUAUAGCUGCAAUUGUCAUGUGGGAUAUGUGUUAAAUGCAGACCGGAAAACAUGCUCAAGUUUGGAUGCCUGUGCCCAGGGACAUGACUGCCAGCACAUUUGUGCCAACAAUGGGAACUCUUACAUCUGCAAGUGUCAAGUGGGAUACGUGUUGAACAUGGAUCAGAAAACAUGCUCUCGUUCAAAUGCAUGUGCUCAUGGACAUGACUGCCAGCAUGUUUGUAUCAACAACGGUGACUCAUACAACUGCAAGUGUCGAGUUGGAUAUGUGUUAAAUGCAGACCAGAAAACAUGUUCACAGGAAAUGAGAGGUGAAAUAACUCAAGAUGCCUGCAUGUGUGAAGCGCAGAUUGUUUUCCAGAAAAAAGUACAGUCAACCAUACAGGAGCUGAGUAGAAAACUUGAUGAACUCUCAGACAAAGUGAACCUGAUUGAGGGCCAACGGCAGUAUUAAGUGCAGUGAUGAAGACGUCAGAAGACAUGUUCAGGAUGUAUCCAAUUCUUUUGACCAACAGAAGUCAUCUGUAACCCUAAAACAGUCUUAAUGUUUCAGUAAAAAUGUUUGGUAUAUCUGCAUGAUAUUAAUCUGUCAUGGAUUAGUAGUAGUGGAUUUUUGUUUUAUAUUAUAAAACCUGCAUUUUGCUUCCACAACACUGUCUGUUAUUUCUUCUUACAGUAAAGUCACAUAAAACUGUGUAAACUUUUACAUAUACCUGCAUCUUUGUAAGAACAGCUAAAUUUCUUCCUGGCAGUGUAAGCCAUUGAGAUGAGUCUCAAGCUAUGUAAGAUAAUUAAGGAAGUUUGGGAAAAUGGAGAAGUGCAAGCUAGAAAAACAAUGUAUAAACAUGUCAAAAGUGUCCUUUCAUAAUGAAUGUUUUUGGUGUAAAAGGUGUUGCACCCCACCCUUGUUGUGUAUCCACUGCUCCGAGAGCAUUUCUUGGUCAGUGUGUUGUUGAUAGACCACAAUAGAACAACUAAUCUCUUAUACAACAAGUGCAUUGUUGUGACCCCUCUGAUUGCAGCAUUAUUAUGCAGAGAAAAGACCCAAAUUACUUAAUUAUUAUAAUACUUUUCCUUGAUACCAGAAAGAUUGUAACAGGUCCAGGACAAGUAUUAGGGGGAGAGGGAAAACAGUUUAGGGAGUUCUUAUAGGGUUAUAGGACUGCUUCAAUACACAAUGCACACUUGGCAAGACUUAACCAAAGUCUCUGGUAACAGUCCUAGCAAUUAUAUACUAUUUCAAUGCACUAAGUUUUGAAAUUGUGAGAUUUUAAGAUCCACUCAGUUUUUUUGCAUCCAGGUAUUUUACUACACAGUACUUUCUUCACACAAUACACACAUGUACUGUAUUUUCUACUUUGUCAUAUAUCCAUGGAACACAUUAAAAAAGAGUACCUGUGAGGAAAGGUCUUUGUGUAAACUGACAGUUGUGUGCAUAACCUACGUAUUAAGGUGCUUUUGUAAUAGAAAACUUGUCUGUAUUUUUUUCUAUUGGGUGUAUAGUUGCACAUGGAAAAUAAAUAUUCUAAAAGAAUGGAUCCUAUA